AUGGCUUCAAUUUCAAAGCGCUUCUUCUCCUUCCUGUUUGUGAUCAUUUUCUCUUUACUGGGCUUUGUGGGUUUUUCGCAAGGCAGAAAGCUCAGUGGAUUAUCAGAUCAAAAGGGUACUGUUGGUGGCAGUGGUGCUUCAAUGCAAUGCGUGCAGAAACUGAUUCCUUGUCAACCAUUUUUGAAGGCACCCGAGAAGGCCCCUGCAGCAUGCUGCUCGCCACUCAAGCAGAUGGUUUCCGACGAUACCAAGUGCCUCUGCAGCGUCUUCAACAACCCUGGCAUGUUGAGCAACCUUAACAUAACCCAGGAUGAUGCCUUGAAGCUUCCCAAGGCUUGUGGUGCCAAUGCUGACAUUUCAAUAUGCGAAAAGGAUGCAUCAUCAAGCACUUCACCAGCAGCUAAACCGGCUUCCAACAAUAGUUCUUCCUCAAGCAGUUCCAAGAGUGCAGCUUAUGCACCCUCUCACUUUUGCGGAUCGGGUUUUGCUGCCUUCUUCAUGGCUUUAAUCGUUACAUUUACAGCAUUUUAG